CUCGCCGGCCUCGAUCCCUUCGCGCGUCAAUCAUCUCUUGGAAAUUAGACUUGCUCACAUCUUGCUAGGCGCCCGAAUUCUCUCCGGUAUGUACCAUACAAUAUGGGUUCCCUCUUCUGCCCUGUCCCUGGCUCAUCCCAUUCCGUCUUUGCCUUCUGUCGGCCGCAUGACAGCCUGGUGCCACAAUGGUUUUUGGGCCGUGAUGCUUGCGGCCAGUGUCAGGAACUGUCACAGACCUCCAAGCGGAGCUGCAUCGGGUACGAGGGCAAGCCGUCAGUCACCAAUUCGGAACUGGGUCUUCGGUGAAGUAAGGAAACGUGGCUCAGCCUUGCUCUACACUGUUCGAUCGAGUGGCGGAUGGACUUCCGGGUCCGUCAACGCUAUGCUCUUCCUUGACAGGAAGGGAAGGACGGUGCUGCGCCGGUCUGCUCCGCAAUAUCCGAGCUGUGACCCUGCACGUCUCGUGAGCACUAGCAUGUCCUGAAAAAGAGUCGAAUACCGCCUCGGCAUUUUACUGUACGCCGGGCCUCGGGUCUGCGCAAGAACCUGCCAUUUACAGACAUGUCCCCUGGGACAUGUUAACCCGAGUGCACUCUUUCCAUCGACAGUGGGCCACUCCACUCACUCCCUGUUAAGACACUAAGCCUUCCCACGUUUUGCUCCUAGGCCAAUAUUCCCAUGUCACCAUGGGUCCGCCUUGAGCUUCGUGCAUGUGUCUCGUUUGCUUGCCUCCUUGCUUCCCGCAAAAGACCUGGUUUUAACUUUGGCCACAGACAACACGCGCUUGGACGAGUGACGGCAAAGAAUUCCACACCAUCUUUUCCCCAAGUUAUAAUCGCCUUACCACCCGAGCCCUCACAACUGCCCUUGUAUGGUGGGUAAGGG